CGCGAUCUGUGGAGGGAAAGACACCUAACGCUCGAGCACUGCGAGGCUCUCUCAAGUUCUACUUUUUCAAAGUGGCUCUGCUGUGACCCGUGACGGAGUGCUAACGUGUGACCCGCCCUCGGCAGCACGAGUGACUACACCUUUGCCAUCUCAGCGACGAUCAUUGCCAGUUCGGGCAGUUGAAAAAAUAACACACACACACUGAUAGAGAAUUUCAUCUUUAAUUAAUUUAAAUUAAUAGACAUUCGAUCAAGUGACUCCAUACUUUUCAAAUACGUGCGCGAGUGCUUGUGGAUUUUUCCGCGGACGUCUUCAUAUGGAGUUUUCUCCCGCCGUGGAGAGUCUCAAUCGACGGGAAACUUGUUCAAUAUGUCACAUUAUCAAGAGCGAUUAAAAAUACUCAAUGAUCCUCAUAUAAAGUUGUACAAACAAUUGAAGGUAGAGGCGAUAGUGGAGAGAAUUUAGCGCGUCUGUGUGACACUGAGAGAAAAAAAACAAACUGUUGAUACCCCCUCGAGAGGCGAGAGUGAUCGAGUGCUUUAAAAGACUGCCUUUAAGAGGAAUCAAAGGACUCAGAGACUGUCCAAUAUCAUUACAAUGGCGAACUCACUGAAAACUUUGUGGUUUUUCAUCUUCUGUGCCAUAACUUCAAUCCAGUGGCGGGAAACUCCGCACGCCGCCGAAGCCCGACGAGCUCAUUUAAUCGAGGAUGACGGCCCACGAAGGACUCAUCGUCCAGCCGAAUGCCAAUUUGGGAAGCAACUGAAAGAGCUAGGAUCGUCGUGGUUUCCGGAUUUGGGCCCACCAUUUGGGGUCAUGUAUUGCUUCCGAUGCGAAUGUGUGGCGGUUCAGAAGAAGCGGCGAAUCGUGGCCAAAGUGGAAUGCCGCAGCAUGAAGUACGACUGUCCAAAAGUCACAUGCGAUGACCCAGUUAUCCAACCUGGAAAAUGCUGCAAGACUUGUCCCGGAGACAAUACCAGUAUCAUCCAAGAUGUUCCACCGCCAACAACAACUAACGAAGAUGAGCGCAACAUAAAAGAAUUCGGCACUCUCUUGACGGCGCGAACAUCUCAGAUACUGAAGCGAGAAGAAAUGAAGUCCAUGUAUUCCAUCAACAAUCCGCAAAACAUUGUAGCCACUGGUCGAUUCUCACUGCACAAGAAGAAUCUCUACUAUUCGUUCUACGUGUCGGAGAAGGCGACACGUCCGCGAGCUAUACAGUUCAUGGACGCCACGGGGAACAUUCUGGAGGAGCACAACCUCACCAUUCCCACCAAUGGACCGCUCAGCAUCUACCAGAACACCACUGGAAAGCUGUGCGGUGUGUGGCGAAGGGUGCCCAGGGACUACAGGAAGCUCCUCAAGGAGGAUCAGAUCAUAGUGGCGAUUCUCUGGGGCGACAAAUAUCAAGCCGAGCUGGCCCUAGCUGGAAGGAUUGAGAAGUACCCAGCGCUACAGACUGAGAUUCUGAGUUCUCUCUUGGAACCAGCGCCGGGAACGAGUCCUGAACAGAUGGCUGGAGCUGGAGGAACAGCAAUCGUUUCGGCUGUUGGCGGGACAGCGUCCUCCGUGCACAUAACCCUAGUUGUGAACGGUGUCUUUAAUCCUGAUGAGAUCCUGGAUGUUCCAUUGAACAUUCGUCUGGAGGCUCAUGAUAAGAAGCAGAUUAUCCUCGAAGACAUCCAGAAAGUCAAGAAGCCCGCUCACGCUGUUAAUGUGAUUGAAAUUUCCUCACCAGUGUCCACGAGUGAUCUUAGGAUGCUGGCAAGAGGAAAACUCUUCGUCACGGUGGAGUCCAGGAGGAAUCCUGAAAAUCUAAGGUUGCAAGGUCAGGUGGUGUCGCGAGUUUCGUGUGAAAUCUUCCAAACUGUAAUUUCUUCACACAAUCCGGACUCCGCGCAGAGAACCAACGGUCUAGCCUGGAUCUACCUCAACCGGGACGGUGGACUAGUCUACAAUCUUGAGGUGAAUGACCUGAACUACGACUUGAAUCCACUUGUAGCAUUAGUGGAUGACAAUGGAAAACGACGAUUGGAACUUGAGGAUUUGACGCCAACACUGAAUCGGGUGACGAAUGAGGCGUCAGGAACUAUGGACAGGCUGGGACCUAGGGUUCUAGAGCCUCUGUAUCAAGGCGAUUUGUCAGUGAACAUCCUGGCAAAGCCCGACACAACAAUUGCCAGAGGAAAACUCGUGAUUAGACCUGUAGCGGAUGCCAGAGACUCGCCAGCGCCAAUCUUGUUUAAGAAGGUCGAUGAUUUUAGCCCGCCCAAUGUGGCCGGUAUGGCAUGGGUGGCCGUGGACAGUGCUUGCGAGCUGCACUACGAUCUGAUGCUGACUGGGCUGCACUCCUUCCGCCACUUAGAGUUGUACUUGGAAGAGAAGCCCUUCGAGGCACCUGGAGCCACAAUCACGAGAACACUUCUCGAGGAGUUCAAUGGAAACUACCUGGAGGGAUUCAGUCUCGAGAUACCCGAGUGGCAGCUGGCCAAACUGGAGACCAGCGUGUGCUAUCUGGAAGUCUUCUCCAAGGAUUUCAUGCGACCUCUGCUGCGUGCCAAGCUGAAGAGCGUCAAAGUGCCCAGCCGCUGCUUCCCCAACGACAGUGACAAUGAGCUGCCCAUCAUUGCGUCGACCAUGAACGACGUGGGCCACCCAUCGUACCACGCUUUGGACACCAAGUGCUUCUCCUCCGGGCAGUUCUACGAGGAGGGCGAGCAGUGGGCGGACAAGUCGCAGAAGUGCACCAUGUGUUCCUGCGUGAAUCGGCGGGUCAAGUGUGAGGCCAUCAAGUGUCCGCCGCUCAGGUGCAAGCCAGAAGACGUGCGCAAUCGCGAUGGCGAGUGCUGUCCGAUUUGCAUGGAUGCCAAGACAUUCGAGGAAGUGAGUCACUCAAAGGUCGAGAGGGGCUGUCAACUGGGCAGUCAGUUCUACCACGCUGGCUACUCAUGGCAUCCCUACUUGCCGCCCAGUGGCUUCGACACCUGCGCCAUUUGCACCUGCGAUCCUGUGUCCCUGAAGAUCACCUGCCCCAAAGUCCAGUGUCCGCAACUGCAGUGCAGUGAAAAGGACGCCUAUCGCCCGGACAAGAAGUCCUGCUGCAAGAAAUGCCCAGAAAUUCGAGUUGAAACGUACAGAGACAAGAGUCACCCCGACUUGCUGAAGGAUCAGGGAUUUGCGCCAAACAAGACGGCCUCGACGCAAGAGAUCCUGGCCAACGGAGGCUGCAUGCACAGCACGACCGUGUAUGAGAACGGCCAGGAGUGGCAUCCAGUCAUCUCUUCCUAUGGCGAGCACAAGUGCGUGGACUGCCGGUGCAAGGAUGGCGACAUUAAGUGCAACAAGAAGAGAUGCACGCGCUCAGUGUGCAACAACCGGAUACUGGGCAGGAAGAAGCAGGACAAGAACGUCGUGGACGAGUGCUGCUCGUCGCAGUGCCACAAAUUCAAGGGGCACAAUCACAAUGCCAGGCGAAUGCGGAGGGAGAGGAUUCGGGAGCAUCAUCAUCAACAUGCAAAGAGUUGAAGGGACUGCAAUGCGCGCAAAGUUCCUCAUCAAAUCCAGCAGCAUCAUGAAAGAAAAUUGGAAAGUUCAAUUUCUUUUCGCAAAGUAAACCUUCACAUCAAUACGUGUCAUAAUAUCACAACACUGUUUGUCCCAAAAAAAAACUGAAUGGUGAUUUUAUUAUUUAUUUAGAAAUGAUGAGAACCAAGAGAACAUUUUGUAAGAUUCACAUUUUAUUUUCCGUGCAGAUGAAAAUGCAAAUGAUUUUUUCCAUGCAAAUUUUCUGAGCGAGCGAGAGUGAAAAAAAUGAUGAGCAAAGAGAGAUGAAGUGGGGAGAUACAAAAAGAGCAUUAUAAAGUUUUCCUUUUAGUGGAAAAACCGCUGAAAAAUUGUACAACUUUUAAACAUUAUAAUCUUUAUUAAUUAGGAAUGAAAUGAGAAUUUGAGAGAAACACGAUUAUUUACAGAAAAUCAAUUGGAUAGUUAUUAUUCAAUUUUCGAAGAGGAUCGCAACAAAUUGGCUUCGACGUUUUGUUUUUUUUUUAGAAUGGAAAGUGAAGCAAUUAGUGUUUUAAGUUCUGUUGUUACCACGUACCAAAGAAGACUGAAGUGGGUGAUGGAGUAAUUUUUUAUAAUCAUAGGAAGAAGAAAGAAAAAAAAAAUUCAGAAACUCUUGUCAUUUACAAAUUUUUGUCGAGAGGAAAACACAGCUAAAAAAAAAUUGAGGAGAAAAAAGGCCCGAGAAAAAAGGACACGUUUCAAAUGUCUCACUAAAUUAUUUGUUUUAUAGGCGAUAGAAAAUUGAAGAGGUAAAACAUUUAAGCAAGUCAAAGGGAUGAAGGACACUAUCCUUCAUUCGAACUGAUGAAAAGGCAGAGGAGAGAGAAGGAGCGGACGAUGGGAAGGUAAGAGAGCUUGUCAGUGAACAGAGAAUGACCUCCUGCAUUAUUAUUAUAAUUAUUAUUAUACAUACACUUAAUAUUCUUUACUCUGUUGUAAAAGUAAUAAAGAUUUUCUAAAUAAGCAAACGUUAAAGAAGAAAACACUUAAUUUUUCCUGCAACAGCAAUAAAAGAAGAAGAAUAAUGUCAAAUUUUGAGCUACUUUUCUAUUAUUUAUCUUUUUAAAACUAUUGUAAAGUAAUUUAAAGAAAACAAGAACAGAUAAACACUUGAGAAUGAUAAAGUGAGAAACAGCCAAUAUGCUUUCGUUGAAUUAAUAAAAUGUAAUUUAAAUGAUACAAGAAAUAUUCUUAUCAUAGGAACGAAGAAAUCGCUUAAUAAAUUUAUAGUCUCUAUACAAAAUGCUAGCAUUAAAGUUUCUUUUUCUACCUUCUCUCCCAACCCAGUCUCUCGGAAUUUUUGCAAUGCCGAAGAGAUAGCGUAAAUCGAGAGUGAGUGAGAGAGAGAGAGAGAGAGAUAAUAAACACGCAAAUAUCUAUUACUAAUUAUUUUGAUAUUCAUAAAUUAAGUGAGAUACAGAGCGCGAAGAGAUGAAAAACGUGUAUAAAGGAAGUAAUUGUAAUUCUAAAAUGCAAAUAAUGUAUACAAAGAUUUUUUCUUUCUAACUCAAAACAAAUGAGAGAACACGAGAAAACAAAUUAUACGACAUCUACUUACUUAUGUAUAUUAUACAAAAUAACAUCUUGUAUUAUAAAAAUAAUAAUAAUAAUAAUGAUUAACCGCGCUUGUUAUAUAAAUAAUACAACACUCUACAGUGCAGAGAACAAGUGAAGAAAAAGGAAAACUUACAAGUGAAAGAGAGCAAUCUAAAAUAAAAUACUUAUUUUACCAACCACU